AUGUGUAAUAUAAAAUCUGUUAUUGAAACUGAAGAUGAAAAAUCAAAUAUGAUUAAAAUUAACACCGCAGCUGUAAUUGGCAUUAUCAAUAUAGGUAGAGGAUAUGGACAAAUAAAAGAAAUUAUGACACUAGAGAUUCCCACAAUGAAGAACAAUACAUAUAAUAAAUAACAUAAUGUUGUAUAUUAAAAGUUUGAAAAGGCUGCAACUCAAAUCAUAUACACUGCAGCUAAAGAAACAUGUUUAGCUAGUGAGGCAGGUGACAUUGACGUGGAUGGUGUACCUUUAAUACCCGUGGUGGCCGAUGGUAGUUGGUGUAAGAAAUCCUACAGAACAAUGUACAAUUCGUUGUCAGAAACGGUAAGUAAAAUAUCAAGUCGAAAAAGAAUUAACAAUUGAAAUUACACCACAAUGUGGCUUAGUUAUUCAUCCAGUACAUUUUUAUUUUGGUGCAACGUCAGAUGGUUUGAUUGGAAAUGAUGGAAUUUUUGAAAUUAAGUGCCAGUCUUCAGAAAAUUUGACAUCAAAUCACCAAAUGAGAGCAUUAAAAAUGGUAAAAUUACAUUUUGGAAAAACAAUAAAGAAGGCGUGGGUACAGAAAUAAAUAAAAACCACAAAUAUUAUGUUCAAGUACAAAGUUAAUUAAAUAUAACCCAAAGAAAAUAUUGUAUUAUAGCAUUCUGGACAAAAAUAGGAUUGAAGUCAGAAAAUUUUUUCAAAGAUGACAUCUUUUGGAACGAAAAAAUGUUACCAAGAUUAAGAUUUUUAUUAUAACUGUUUACUACUUGAGUUCAUUGAUCCUAGGCAUUCUAAAAAUAUGCUGAUUAGAAAUCCUAAUUGUAUAAUUGAAGCAUAAAAAAAGAAAAGCACAGGAAAAAAAAAUGAUUAUUUUAAAUUGUUGUGUGAUAUUUUAUCUUUUGUUAUAUAUACAUUUUAAUAAGCAUUAGAUUUAAUCCUUCAAUUGUAUCUAUUCAUUUUAACAUUAUAUUAAUACUCGAAGCAAUCGAAACGUUUCCAUAAAAUUACAUUGUAACGUUUUAAUUGUUCCUAAAUAAGUACCUAUAUUAUACUCAUCGCUAGUUAUUAAAAUAAAACAAAAGUAAUGCUAUUAAAACGAUUCUAUGAUAGAAAAUAUAUUUUAUAAUCUAUUUAUUCAUACAUAUGUAAAAAAAAAAAAAAAAAAAAAAAAAACAAAAAAAACGGUAACUUUAAUUAGUAAUCAAUUUGCGAGUAUGUGCACCCAAUAUGGCAGUGUGUGUCCCGAGUACCGAUGGCCGUUGUAGUCGUUCGUUUUAUGUUCACGCAAUGUCGUGAUAUGAGCAACACAACCACUUAUAGAAUAAUAAAACACGUUCCAGCACAAAAAGGAAACCCCGCAGACUGGUCGUCGAGACAGUGAGGUAGUGGGCAUGGUUACGGCCUGCCGCGACGGCGGCGAUACGGCGCACAACACUAUCUCUACAGGGUUGUAUACGUUUCAGUUUAAUUACGGCAGUGUGGCGGCCACCUUAAAAGCUUUUUUAAUAAAAGAACCAAUAUGAGUGGAAAAGUCCAUGUCAAAAUGAAAUUCCCAAGAGAAUCCCCAGGUCUCUAAUUGUAAAUACUUGCGUAACAGAAUAAUUAUAAAUCUUAUAAUUGUAGGUGAUUGUAUUACCCAAGAGUGAAAAAUUAAUAACGCUACACUUCUUUGUUUAAUGGUAGGUGAUUACCUAAACUCCAAUGAACAAAUUUAUUCUAGUUUCAUAAUAAUUUGGCAUCGUCGACAGAAAAAAAAAAAAAAACAUAUCAACCGAGCUAUUUAAAAUAGAAGGAAAAUCAUUGAUAAAUAAUAAAAAUAAAAGAGGGCCUAAGUGAGAACCCUAAGCUAUACCAGAAUUAAUCAAAAAUUCAUUAGGAAAAACUAAAUGUAUUAACUGCCUGAGUACGCAAGAACAUAAUUAAGAUUUUAACCUUUUAGAAAAAUAUUCAUGAAUACCAAAACAAGAUAAUUUUGUAAUAUAUUUUAUCAAACACUUUAAAAUCAGUAAAAUAUAGUAUCUAACUGGAUAUGAUAAUUAAAAAUGCAAAUUUUUCAUAUUUCGCUAAUUUUAGAGAAAAAGUCUAUGAACUUCAUAAUUUUUCGUAUAUUAUGCAUAUGUAAUAUUUGUAAAAAAAAAAAAAGAUUAUUUUUCCAAACUCAAUAUUAUUUAUUUAAUAUUAUUUCUUAUUGUCUUGGUUUAUUAUUAAUUUAACAACAAUGUUGAAAUUCACAUUUAAUCUUUAUAUUUUUUGUGUAUAUUAAUAAUAAUGACAUUACUUAUGUUUUUAAUAAAUAAAAUUUGAAUAUAUUUUGCAUAUUUAACAUUUUUUCAUGCACAUUUUCCAAUUUUUUUGUGCAUAUUUUGUAAUUUUUAACUCCAAUAACUUCAGAGUUCUAAUUAUUAUAUAAGAAGGGAGGCAUAAUCAAAGACAGUUUCUUAGUAAUUUCAAACAUUUUCGGAAUAAAAGGCAUUUUGAAAAUCGGCUUAUAGUUUGUAACAUGACUAGGAUACAGAUUAAAAUGCAAAAUGUAUUUUUUUCGGAAUGUUCAAAACCAAUACUUUCCAAUUACAAAAUUAGUUUUAUAUAUCAAAGAAUUAAAAUAUGAAACUUUUAUUUUGAAUUUAUUCUUUGUUUUACAAACUUCAUACCGUUAUCAGAAAAUUUGAUAACAGUUUUCUGAUUUCUCCCUAGAAAAAAAAAAUUCAUAUUUCUAUUUUUAAAAUACAUUAUGAAUUUACUGAUUGUACGAUUAUACCAGAUAAGUACCAUGCAAUAAAGAAAACAAUACACUAUUUAUUAGUUGUAAUGUAGUCGUAUUGCACUAUUUGCAUGUAAUAUUGUGUUUAGUAAAUUUAGGACUUUUUUAUAGGUGCAUUAGAUUGUAUUUUUUAGGUAUUUUUCUUUUUUUUUAGAGCAUUUAAAAUCUGUACCUUAAUUAUAACUAUUUCAAACUAUGAUGGUGUAAUAAAAGUUGAGUUACUUCCUCCAAAUAUAGAAGGAAGUAACUCAAGCUUAAUAAUUUAUUGAAAAUUAUAAAGAAAUCGGUCUUAGAAAUAACUCUCUAUUAGCUUAAUAUGAUAAAUACGUUAUAUUAAAACGCGCGUUAGGCACAUUAAGACAUAGUUUAUUAUUUUUUGGUCAUGUUUACAUUAAUCGCAGACAUCCAUUGCAAUAAAAUUCGGCAUAUCAGAAAUUGUUCGUGAUUCUCAUUCACGGGUUACAUAGUCAUUUAAGUCCUACUUAUGAACAUGGCUAAAACAAAUGUGAUAAACAUUACCCGUUUAUUAGUUGUGAUGUCAAUUACAUCCCUCUAGUAGAAAGAAUUGGCAAAUUUUUGAUAUAGAAGCAAACAAAAUUUAUUAUAAAUAGGUGUUCAUUGAAAGGGUAGUUGGAAUAAAAGACCAAAGAAAAAAUUACAAAAAUUUAAAAUAUUUAAAUUAGUAAUUUACAAUUUUGAUUAUUAAUCAUCGGUGACACUGUACUAAAUUGUAAUGUAUAAUAAUUUUCUAUUAUAAUCCAUGUUUUUUUUAUAAGGUUGUGAUAGGGUUUCCAAUUCCUAAAUUACCUAAUAAUCAGUAAUAACAGUUUAAAGUUUAUACCGGAGGAGUAAGAAAGCAGUAACAAGAGAAAAUUCUCUUUCAGAAAAAGUGCUAUUGUCGGUUCUUCUGAGCAAUUUUUUUGGUAAAAAAGUUGAAAAGAAAAGAAAAACACGAAAACAAACAUCAUAGUAUAACCAAUAGAUCUGUUGCUAUACUCCGUGUUUAAAAUUAUUUUACUGGGAUAUAUUCAACAAACAAUACUACAAACUGCCCAAGAAUCCUAAGGUCUGGUAUUUUAAACACUGAGUUUUCUGUGAUAACAAAACAUAAUAAUGUUGCAAGCAAAUUUGAAGUCAAUCUACUAAAAGCUUUAAUGUCAGUGUUACUGAUGAUUUAUAAUCAUAAUUGUGAAUCGUUAAUUUUUGUUCCUUUUUUUUCUUGAUCUUAUUUUCCAAGAUUCUCAUUUAAAUACAGUGAAAACUGCCUAAAAUAGAAUUUAAACACCUGGAAAAAAUUUGAUUCGUCAUUGAUUUUAGAUUUACAAUUUAUAAUUAUAGUGAAAUUUCAUAUUUGGACUACUCAAAUAUUAAAAUUAAAAAUGUAAAAAAAAAAUCUGUUCACUUUGGACAAUCAGAUAUUUAUGGCUAAAAGUUAAUACUAUAAUACUUUCUUGAAGUUUAAACAUAAUACAUAUAUUUAGAUAGAUAUUCAAUAAAAAAUAUCAAAUAAAAAUAUAUUUCGUAGACAUGUGAUCACAUUAACACAUAUUUUAUGUUCAAUUAGUAUAAUACAUUUAACAUGUUAUUAAUACCUACCGUUUUUGUAAUAUUUCUUGUCUUCUUGACGGAAUAAAUUUUGUUCUUCAAUUAUAUUAUACUAUAUUAUUUCGAUUAUCUACGGUCAAAACUUUAUAAUUUUUAUUUCUAUAUUUCUUAUUUCCUAGUUCACAACUUAUCAUAAUAUAAUAUUAUUCUAUAUUUCUAUGAUGGAAUAUAUGAUAAGAUAACAUAAUCACAGAAUUGAUUAUAUCAUUAUCAUUUAAAUCUAUAAAAUAGUAAAUAAUUUAGUAUAUUUAUCAACCGUUAUUAUGGCCACACUGAUAAUAUCAAACAAUUUCUUCAGCACAACUAACCUCAAAUAUUGAAAAUCCACAAAACAUUUUCACAUACCAGAUUGUUCAUUUUACUGUUUUCGUAUUUGUAGUUUCUGAUUGUGUCAUUUAUUGAUUGUUCUGCAAAAAUGGCUGAUGUAGACAAGUAAGUUUAAUUUAUCUAUAUUAAUCUUCUCGACAGUUUAUUAACUUCUAAAUAUGUUACCAAAUUUUAGACAAAUAUUACCUAAACUUUAAUAAUUUAAUUACUAUGACGUUAAACGGGUACCCUUGUAAUUUAAAAUUUCACCUUAUAAUAAAUGAAUUCUUAAUGAUGAAACAUAAAUUUAAAGUGGCCAAAUCUUUUUCAGUGCCCCAAAAAGGCUUCCGGCCGUACCGGAAUCUGUACUCAAAAGACGUAAGGCUCGUUCAACAUUCAAACUUAAGCAAUUGAAAAAAUCUAUUGAGGUAUGUUAAAAAUAUUAUAAUUUAUUAUGGAUAUUUAUGAAUUCAUUUAUUUUAGCUGUAAACAAUAUGGAAAGGUUGUGUAGAAUUAUUUACUUGUAAACUAUAAUAUCUAAAAAUGUUAUCGAAUUAAAACUAUAUAAAAUUUUUCUUUGCACCAUUUUUGCCUCUUUGGCCCAAUCAAAAAUAUAUCUUAAAAUAUUAACAAAUGGAAGACGACUGUGUUCAAACCAAGUGGUAUUUAAGACACUUACCUUUUUUGGGCAAUUUUUAGUAUUAUACUUCCAAAAUAUAAGUUUUUCAAAGUUUAUAGUUUUACGUCAGAAUCAUUCUUAUAUUUUCUUUGGAUGUGUAAAAUACCACAUUCCUGAAGCAACCUUUCUUCAGUCUCAGGUAGAGACCAAAUGUCCAUAAUAUUCUUAUUUAAUGAAUAAAAACUUAGUUGUAAAAUUAAAUACAUGACAAUUUCAACAAACAUGAUUACUACAGCGAAGCAGUAUACUUUUAUAUAAAGGAAACAUUAUUAUAAAAAUUAAUAAUAUAGGUUACGGUAGAUAAUUGUGAAUUGAAAUGCUAGAAAUGAUGAUUUAAUAAUAGCCAUAGUCUUGUUUAAUAGUAAGUACCGAAAAGUUGUAUGUUGUGAAGUCUAAAUGUUGGAAAUACUAAUAAUAUGUGGUUAUUUCCAUUUAUGCAAAUUUAUACAGAGUAAUUAUGAAUUUAUUUAUAUAAUAAAUGGAGUUACCCUGUUGGUAGGAUAUAGUAGUGCGAAUGACAAUAAUAUUUAGUAUUACAGUAUCGGGAAUUAGCAUUAUAUUUUAAAAUUAUUACACUGUGUUUAAUGUACAUGAGUAAUAUUUUCAAAGUGUGUGGGGUUUUUUAAGAUUAGUAAAAACCAGACUUCCGUACACUUUUGGUCAUUUAUUCUUACAUACAGUUAGAAAAUGGAAGUUUUAUACAAAUAAAAAUACCUAGAUAUUAUAUAUCUGGUGUUGUACACUAAUUUUAUAAACUCAACUGAUGUACCAAUUAUAGACCUUUCCCCUACGGUGAUUAAACAAAUCUAUAUUUGAAUAGGAAUCUAUACAAAAUUCAUUCAAUUGUUUGGAUGUAUCUGUAAUCACAGUUAUCUGGUUUGAAUCUGACCAUACGAAUAGGCCACGUUUUUUUGUAUUUUUUUUUUUCUGUUUAAUUACCAGUUGCAACUGGUUAUCAACUAGGAUUUAGAUUAAGUACAUUAACUUGAAGAAAUUUAAAAUUUGUUCAAGAUCUUUAUCGGUACCCAGAUAAUCAAGUAUAUAAUAUACAUAGCUUAAUAACUACCUAUAUUAUUACUAAAUAUACUUCUGGUAAAGUCAAAUUUUUAACAUAAGAGAUGUUAUACAUUUUAAUAAUAGUUAAUGUGUGAAUAUAUUUAUAUUUAUAUACUUUAGUAUUGAACAUAAAUAUUAGUAAACUGUAGAAUAUGUUUAAUAUUCUUUUGUUUUAUUAAAUUUAUACCAUGACCUUUAUUUUUGUUUAUUAGGAGCGCAAAGAACGAGCUAAGAAAACAAAAAAAUAUUUUAAACGUGCUGAAGCUUAUGUUAAGGAAUUUAGAAUGAAAGAAAGAGAUGAAGUACGUUUGGCAAGGAAUGCUAAAAAAGCUGGUGAUUUUUAUAUUCCUCCUGAACCAAAAUUAGCUUUUAUCAUGCGUAUUCGGGGGUAUGUUGGUGAUUUUAAUGUUAAAAUCUGGUAAGUUUCGAAAUUAUAAUUUUUAAUAUAAUUCCAGUGUAAACCAAGUUGCACCUAAAGUAAAAAAAGUAUUGCAGUUGUUCAGAUUACGUCAAAUCAAUAAUGGAAUAUUCAUCAAAUUGAACAAAGUAAUAAUUAAUUGGAAAUAAUUUAGAUAUUACAUAUAUAAUUUUUGUAUUGUUUUUUUUUUUUAGGCCACAUUAAAUAUGUUGAGAAUUUGCGAACCCUAUGUGACCUGGGGUUAUCCUAAUUUAAAGAGUGUACGAGAAUUGGUUUACAAAAGAGGAUUUGCCAAAAUUAACGGACAACGCAUUCCAAUCACCAACAAUGAAAUGAUUGAAAAGAAAUUGGGGAAAUAUGGUAUCAUUUGUACAGAAGAUUUGGUUCAUUGUAUAUAUAGGGCCGAUCGUCGUUUUAAGUAUGCAAUGAAUUUCCUUUGGCCUUUCAAAGUAAGUAGUUAUACUUACUAAUUAAAAUUAUAAUUUAAGUUUAUUAAAUUAUAUGUUUUUUAUCUUGACGCAUCCAUGGUUUAACAACAUCAUAUUAGCUGUUUCACCUUCCAAGUCGUCAUAAAAUAAAUAAAUUAAAGCAAUGUAUUCAUUUUUAACAAUCAAAAUAUAUUCUUAUAAAAGUAAUUGCUUUAUACAUAUUAUUAAAUUGUUGUAUUUGUUUAAUUAAUAUGUUAUAUUAGGUCAGAGGUAUCCAACCUUUUUCUAUAUUGUGCCAAAUAAAACAUUUUCCCUUCUACGAUUUAAUUUUUCUAUCCAUUAUUCUGUUUUAAAAAUGUGCCAAAGAAUCUCAUUUUUAUUACUUUGGUUUAUUAGAUGUCAUUUUCACGAUUACACACACAAACUAGUUGUUAACGUAUGGUGAUUAUAAUAUGACUAACUUUAUUAUGAUACACAUAAUUUUUAAUCUGGAAAUUCCACUUUGAUAGUAAUAAUCUAGUUUAUAUCUAAUAAUAAUAUUGCGUUAUAUUAUUAUUUAAAAUUGAAAAUCAUAAUUUUAGAAAUCUUUAAAAAUGAUAUUAUUUUAUCUGACGCUAAGGGUUCCAUUCGAUAUAUUGUCAAAUGUGCUAGAAACGGCACAGGUUAGCCACCCCUGUGUUAGGUAUUAGUUAAAAUACUUUUUCAUAGUAGGGAUAUGGUAAUUUUUUUAUUCUGAAACAGAUAUAUGGUUCUGUGUAGAGCAUGGUUAUCUUAGAAAUCAAAAAAAAAAGUCUAAAAUUUAAGUAUGAUUCUCUUAUUGAAAUAUUAUCGAAAAAUUGGUUAAUCUCUUGGUACAAAUCAUAAUAUAUAAAACUAUUAUAGGCUGUGGCAAAACUGCGCAACUUGAUUUUUUUAAAUUGUAGUGGAUACUUAAUACUCCUUUUUUAUUUUUAAUAUUUUUCUUCAUAGUUUAUCGUCAUCAAUAUAAUUUUGGCAGUAUUUUCAUAUAAUUAAAUAAAACAUUAAUAUUAUGAAACUGACUUUCAGGGUUUUGACCAAAUAAUUUGUGUCAGUAAAACAUCUCUCGUUCAUUGAAUUUCUUCAACAAAAAAAUGGGAGGGGGAUAUUUUAAUUUAAUUUGUGAUAUAGAUAGGUUACAAAGAUCUUCUAAAAAUAUAAAAUAGGGGAAAGAUGAAAACAAAAAGAAUGAGAGAAUUAUACUCACGUCAAAGCUGACUCAAGUUGCAAGUAGAUUUAAACAAAUUAUAAAAGUGUUCUUUUAAAGAGAAAUUUAUACUAGUAUAAUCCAACAAAUUUCUAAGUAGUUGAAUUUAGAAACCAAACUGCAUACAUUUCUUCUUUUAUAAUCACUUCAUCUAAAAUAUAUUUUAUUUUUUUAGUUAAACACCCCAACUGGAGGCUGGCGUAAGAAGACCAACCAUUAUGUUGAAGGCGGAGAUUUCGGAAACCGUGAAGAUACCAUUAAUAAGUUGUUGAGAAAAAUGGUUUAA